AUGCCUUCAGAUGCUAUGAGCUCCCGAGAACGAUGGAUCGAUAUUGCCAUGGCAACUUAUGAGGGAAGUUCUCAACUAUGCGGGUUUUGCGAAGAUCUUUUCCACGCGAAGCUGGACUUUCAGCACGAUGGCAUCUACACCGCUUUCGGGCGUAUGAGCGAAGAAUCUAAGCCGGGUCAAUCUGUUGAGGAUUUCAAGCAGGCAGUAGUUGAUGGUUGUCACCUUUGCUGGCUGUUCUGGAGUUACCUCUCGGAGGACACUAGGGCUGGCAUCGAUGAAGCUGAAUGGAUAGAAUAUCAUGUCAUCAGACCUAAAUCAAGUUUAUAUAUCCAAGCGCUUCAACAAAUGUGGAAGUCCUCAGAUGAAGGGCCUCCUUUGGGAUGGAGUGAGCUCAUGAUCCUGGUGCCAGAUACGGAUACGUCCAAAACAGACAUCUCGACGAGAAUCUCGUAUAGUUCCAACUCGGAAAGGACAUACGCCAUUGCCAAACGUUGGCUUAAGGAAUGUUCAGAAAAUCACACUAUUUGCAAGAAGCACGUGUUGAACGAUGCAUUCCUCCCAACUAGACUUCUUGAUCUCGGGUUACUGAACGAUUGUUCAAUUUCUCUCUGCUUGUCAGAAAGUUUGGAGCGUAAUACUAAAUACAUGACGUUGUCACAUUGUUGGGGUAGCGCAGUUCCCUUAACUUUGAUAGGUGACACGUUCGCCAAAUUCAUUGAAGAUAUCCCAUACUUCGACCUUCCGAGAACGUUCCAAGAGGCUAUUCGAAUUACACGGAAUCUUGGAAUCCGAUAUCUUUGGAUAGACAGUCUUUGUAUCAUCCAAGGAUCUAGUGACGACUGGAAGCGAGAGGCUGCUAUGAUGGGAGAAGUCUACCGCCACUCUUGGUGUAAUAUUGCAGCAACGAAAGCUCGAGACGGCCGCGGAGGGUGUUUCGAUGACCGACAUCCGCUUUUGGUCAGUCCAUGCAGGAUCAAGACUACUUGGCCUGAUGAGUCUCACCGAACAUUCUAUUGCGUUCCGAAUCGCAUAUGGAACUCUGAGAUUGACGCGUGCCCAUUGUCCACUCGAGGUUGGGUCUUUCAGGAGAUUAUGCUGUCACCACGAGUGCUGCAUUAUGGGAAAGGGCAAGUUUUCUGGGAAUGUUGUGAACUCAGAGCCUGUGAGAGUCAUCCUGGCGGGGCUGAAAUCGCUUUGGACGAAGGUACGAAGAUCAGCUUGGAUCGUCAUACUAUCCAGGAAGACCACAAACGACGAUUCAAGCAAACUCCUCCAGAGCAUGAUCGGUACUACAUGUGGGAUAGUGCAAUCUAUCAGUACUCGAAAAGAGAUUUGACUUUUCCACAGAAAGACAUCUUCUACGCGAUCUCAGGUAUUGCUAGAUUACUGAUCCCACCAGAGGAGUACUUGGCUGGGUUGUGGAAUUCGCCACAGACUUUGGUUGAGCAACUCUUGUGGCACACAAAUCUAAAUUCAUCCGCCAUUCGAAGUCCACGUUACCGAGCACCAUCGUGGUCCUGGGCGUCGCUUGAUAGUGAUGGUUUUGGGUCUGUUGGAUUUGAAGUUAUCGAAGACCAACUAAGUCAUAAUCAUGACUUGGUCCAAAUUCUCGAGGCAGAGGUGGUCUUGGAAGAUCCAGCAGAUCCGUACGGUCCGGUUACUGAUGGCCAUAUCAAGCUUCGGGGAACAGUCAUCACUUCUCCAAUCAGCCUUCAUGGCCGGUCAAGAACGAAUAUGUGUUCGUUCAACACCAUCCAAAUGAGCCUCAAUCAUGAUUUUGGGGAGUUGCAUGAAGGCUGCACAGUUCAUUGCCUGCCGAUGAGGUUGGAUACAUCUGAGGAUAAUUAUGAGAUAGGAUCGUUUGAUAAUAUCCAUGGUCUGAUCCUUGAACCAACAGGUGUACAUGAACAUGAAUACUAUCGCCGAGGGUAUUUCGUUGUUCUGAAUGAAGACGCUUAUAAUGAUAACGAUGAAGAAUCUGCGGGCAAUAUACUCAGGUUCUGGAACAUGCUUUUGCAUGGGCCUAGCAACACGAUGGAUGUGAAAAGCGGAGCCUUCAAAUAUGAAGACUUGAAGGCUAUAGGGAGGGAUAUUCGCCUCGUUUAA